GGUAACCAGUUAAAUAAAAAGUUCAACAUGAAAAUCGGAAAAAUUUCGCGUUCUUCAAGAGGCAGUUACAAUUUUUUAAAAGAAAAACCUUUUCCAUCAAAAUGGAGCAGGCUGAAAAAAUUGAAUUUUUCUUCAGAAACGUUUGAAGAAAUUCCAAUAUUUUUAACCGAAGCGGAUUACUCUUCGAAAAAAAACAACAUUGAAAAAAUUUCAAGCAACUUCUUUUUUGAAGAUAUUUCAACAGAAAAUUCACAUUUAAUGAUAAAUGAAUCUAGUGAACGUUUCAGUUGUAAAGAAGGCGAUCAAACGAAUAUUGAAGAAAGUUUGCAAUUAAACUGUGAUAGAAGUAAACAAUUUAGCAGUGAAGGAAUCGCAAAUUUGGUUUGUGGGGAAGACAAACAAUUUUAUUGUGAAAAAAACAAACAAUUAAGUUAUAAUGGAAUCACGCAAUUAAACUGCGAAGGAAGAAAACCGUUAAACUGUAAGGAAACUCAACACAUGAGUUUUGAAGAAAGCGAACAACUUAAGUGUGAAAACAUGCAUUUUAAUUGUAAAGAAAUCACACAGUUGAAUUGUAAAGAAAGCAAACUGAGUUGUGAAGAAAGCAAACUUAGUUGUGAAGAAAGCAAAAAAUUUAGCAGUAAAGAAAGCACGCAGUUGAUUUUUAAAAAAAAUAUGGAAACGAAUAUUUCUUCCUCUAAAAAUCAUUUCAGCUGUAAAAGAAAGAAAAUGAAGAACUACGAAGAAAACAAACAACUAGUUUGUAAAGAGAAUAAGCAGUUACAUAGUGAUGUCAGCAAGCAACUGAAUUUUGAAAGGAAAGCUAAGAAAAGUAAAACGGAAGCUAAUUUUGAUAUACAACGCAACCAAAUCAAAAAGGAAACUGUUGAAGGAUUUGUAAAAAAGGUUUUAAGAACUGAUCAAGAAGAUACUGAUCAGGAACUUCCUGUUAAUGAUAAAAGAACAUUUGUAGAAAGAACUCGAAGAAAGAUAGACUGUGGAAGUUAUCCCAAUGAGUCAGUUAAUGAAGAUAGUUUACCAAAGAUUUUAAGAUACGUGUGGAAAGGAAAGCUUAAAAAGUUAAAGACAUAUCUUGGCAAUCCUGCAAAUCGUGCAAAUAUUGACUGCGUUGAUAACUUGGGGAGAUCCGCAUUACAUUUUGCUGCAUCAUGGGGCUGUUUAAAAUUUGUUCUUUUUUUAUUGGAAAACGGAGCAGCGGUCAAUAUACGUGACAGCCAAGGAAAGACACCUUUGUUUAAGGCUGUCGAAAUUCGAGCAUUACAGUGCGUAAAAGUUUUGAUGAAAAAUGGUGCAGAUGUAAACAUAAAAUGCCAUGAUAGUCGGUCAGCCUUUGAUUUUGCAAUUCAAGUUUAUGGAGACGACGAAAUAGAUUUGAUAAAAUUUAUGUACGAAAGCAUAAAUCACGUUUCAAAUAAUUUAGGAAGUUUAACUAAUUUGCAUAAAUUAUGUCUCGCAAAGAAAAACGUCUCAGUAAGCAAAGUAGCAGAAAUGCUGCUUGAAAAAGAAGAUGUGAAUGGAACGGAGGGACUUGAAAGAACUCCCCUCAUGAUUGCUGCAAAAACAAAAAAGACAGAUUUAGUCAAAGUUUUGCUGCAAAACAAUGCAGAUGUAACGCUUUUUGAUGUCAAUUAUAAAAUGGCGAUCCAUUACUGUGCAAAAAAUACUGAGGAAUACAACUUAAUUAAAGAUGCUGUGAUUAUGGCCAAACGCACAACGGAGUCAAUAUCACAAAGUUGUGCAAAAAUAAAUAAAAACGAAAGCUUUAAAGUUAAAUCAUUGUGCAUUAACAAGAAAACGUUCACUCCCGUGGAAUCAUUUACUUUUUUUUGAUAUAUUUUAAUACGACUUAAAUUUUGACUUGAAUUAUUAUAUUUUAUGUUUUAAGUAUUUUUUUUUAAUAGUUUAUGUCUGUUAUAGUUAACUUAUGUGAGUUUUGCUUUGCUGAAAAACGUUAAUAGAAACUGCAAAAAAUAGGUAACUGCGUUAAAAAAAUAUACCACUUAGAGUAGACUAAAAGUGCUUACGCCAUAAUAGACAACAGUGGCAUUAUAUAUCGACUUUGCAAUUUUAGUAAAUCCUUGAUUAAGAGGGCGAGGAUUUCCUAUGACGGAUUGUUUUCUUUACGUAAAAAGUUUUUUUAUUGCAAUAAACUUCAUAGUUUUAUAAAAUUCAUUUCUUUGUUUCA